UCUACGUCCCGUGUCCAGAUCUUCUCCGACUGGCGGCAAGUGGGGGGAUCCAUCUCUUAUUUUUGGCCCCAGGACCGUGCUGACCGGGGCCUUAGCGGGUUCCUUUUGGCCCCAUGUGUGGAAUAUCACAAUCACAGUAGCCCGGACAGUCUCAAUCAAUGAGGUAUCUCUAUAGUCGUCUUGACGAGCUGAGCCCAUUCGGAUUGUUGCUCUCUGCCACCCCGCUCUUUCACACUCUUGAGUGAUUCCAAUCCUCCCAACGCUCGUUACCCUUCGUCCAUACAUGUCCUAGCUCAUUCGACAUCCACAGCCAAGCGAUUCCCACCAAAACAUCACCCCGAUGUCAUACGACAGGCCCCCUUCCCGCCCUUCCUCCCCAACCAUCGAUUCCGCAAUCCUCCAACAAGUAACCAAUCCAACUACCCCAGCAGACCUACACGAUCUCCUCCUCGAACGCGACGAAGACCUCCUUGACAGCGCCUCCCGCGUCGCCACAAUUCUGGGCCUCGAGCCCCUUCUUACCUACCUCACCCCGCGGCUCCCCAACGCUCCCCAAAUCGCGCUCCGCUCCGCCGCUUACGCCGGAAACUCCCCUCUCUUCCGCCAUCUCCUACACCAGUACCCACCGGGACCCCAGCUAUCCUUGGGGCUCCGACUUGCUGCAGCAGAAGGCGGCGUCGGGAUCUGGGAGGCGCUGGAGCAAAUGUAUCCCGGGUGUAUCCAUGACGGCGUAGGGCAUCACGGGGACCUGCUCAGUGUGGCUGUCGACCGAGGGAGCGAGGAGCUGGUGCGGUAUCUGGUGGACAAGGGGAUCGAUGUCCCAAAUAGUGGCUCGUUAGGGCUGUCGGUUUUGCAGCUGGCGACGAGGAGAGGGCUUAGUGACGAGAUUGUGGAGCUGUUGGCGAGGCAUGGAGCGCGAGACCCCGAUGCCAGAGAGUGAGUAUGGUGGCAGGUUUGCUCGCAUGGAGAGAGUUGGUUGCUGUUGGGAGCCUGUGGAUAAGAGUACCGAGCGACAAGUUCACAUCCAACGAUUGCUCCGGAAAGGCCCCGU